GACAGGAGGUCCAAUCUCUGUGUGGAGAAUGAGAAGAGAGGAGCAUUCAAGAGAACACACGCACAUUAACAUCCUUUCCAUUUCUUCUCUCACCCACUCUGCCUCUCUUUCUCCCUCUCUCCUCUCUCUCUCUCCCUCUUUCCCUCAGAUGCGUACACACGCAUACACACAUGCAAAGGCAGACCCCCCUCUCACACAGGAGUAGAUCGAGAGCAGUGAAGAGCAGAAGGAGCAGGGUGGCAGGAGUGAGGCAGGAGAGCUGUUGUUGAUUGAACAAAGCCAGGAAAGGAGUGCGCAGUCCUGGAGAGAACAGCAGCUGUGAAAUGCCUCGAAGGGAGCCUGCCAGCAACUCCUGCGGAGACCUGAAGGUGUUGAGCUUCAGCUGAGGAUGUCAGGAGGUUCUCGAGUCCUCAUGGACCACAACAUGGAGAUAGGAGUAACACCUGCGCAGGUGAAGAAGCUCCCUAAACACAUGCGGGAUGCUCAGAUCUCUACAGAGAGAACACAUUUGAUUUCUGACCCUGCUAGGAAGCCACGUCAGCGAUACGUGCAGAAGGAUGGAAAAUGCAACGUUCAUCACGGAAAUGUGCAAGAGACCUACCGAUACCUUAGUGACUUGUUCACUACACUGGUGGACCUACGCUGGCGUCUUAGUCUCUUCAUUUUCACCUUGGUUUAUAUAGUCAACUGGCUUUUCUUUGGCUUUCUAUGGUGGCUGAUAGCGCUUAUUCGAGGGGAUCUGGUGCAUGGUGAUGAGGACGACUGGAUCCCCUGUGUGGAAAACCUCAACAGUUUUGUCUCAGCCUUCCUCUUCUCCAUUGAAACAGAGACCACCAUUGGGUAUGGUUAUCGUGUAAUCACAGAAAAAUGCCCUGAGGGUAUCAUACUGCUUUUGGUGCAGGCCAUCUUGGGUUCUAUUGUUAAUGCCAUGAUGGUGGGCUGCAUGUUUGUCAAGAUAUCACAGCCAAAGAACCGCGCUGAGACCCUCAUGUUCUCGCACAAAGCUGUCAUAUCGGUGCGUGACAAUAAGAUGUGCCUGAUGUUUCGGGUGGGGGACCUGAGGAACUCUCACAUCGUGGAGGCAUCGAUCAGAGCGAAGCUGAUCCGCUCGCAGCAGACCAAGGAGGGGGAGUUCAUCCCGCUCAACCAGACUGACAUCAACAUCGGAUUUGACACGGGAGACGACCGGCUGUUCCUGGUGUCACCUCUUAUCAUCUCUCACGAGAUCAACGAGAAGAGCCCUUUCUGGGAGAUGACACUGGCACAAAUGGAAAAGGAGGAGUUUGAGAUCGUCGUUAUCCUUGAGGGCAUGGUGGAGGCCACAGGGAUGACAUGUCAGGCACGAAGUUCCUACCUGGACACAGAGGUACUUUGGGGCUACCGCUUCACACCGGUGCUCUCCCUGGAGAAGGGCUUCUACGAAGUAGACUACAACAACUUCCACGAAAUCUACGAGACCAACACCCCCACCUGCAGCGCUAAGGAGCUAGCUGCUAAGCUUCGGGAGGGGCCACUAUUGCCUCAGCUCACGCUCCUCAGCCCUGAGCCCAAAAUGCAUACUUUUGACACCCUGGACAGCAUGUCCGAAGGGGACCCACUCAGCCCGGAUGAGGAAAAAGAGGAGAGAGAUUCAGGGGGUGACAGAGGAGAGACUAAUGGCUCAGCUGCUGCUUUGGAGGAUCUGCCACUUGCUGAUGGACUGCCUGAGUGAUGUGACAGGGCGGCCACAUCAGCGAACAAAUCCAAGAGAGACUGGGCAAGAGGACAGGACAAUAUAAUGCUUUAUUUAGUCAAUGGCCAGCUUGUUCCUUUGCAAUGCUUGGAGAUACAAGACAUCCAGCCCCCGACUCAUGCAAUACUCCUCUACUAGAGUGUCAAUCUAUAGUGUAGAUUGGUUUUGUAGACACGUAAGUACAUACACAGACACACAUACGUGCAGUAUCUAUAUCUACACUUAAAAGGUUGGUGGCUCAGAUUGUCUUUUUAUAAUCGUAACGACCACUUACUGCUCUAACAGCUCAAGUUGUAUAAUGUGAACUUGAGUUGAAACUGGUAGCCAUGACAGAGUACCAUGGGCUUCUUAUGGAUACUCGAUUAUUCUCAUUUUAGAGUGUGUUGAUUCAGCUUCAUUUGAACAAAGCAUCAGCCUCAUAACUCAGCUAAUGUGUCUGACAGUCCGCUUCUGAGUGUCAAUGGAACCUUGUUAUUGACACUUUUUAAAAUAUGGAAUAUUAUUAUUUCCUUUCUCUGUCAGUGUUGUUAUUAUUCUGUGUCAGUUACCCAAUUCACCCAGGGAAGAAAUGUAUGAGGCUCCUAGUUGCAUUUGCAUAAGAAAACAUAGGAAAUUGUUCUAUAAAAGGCAAUGUGCACUGGCAACCACUAUCCACAUUUUCUUUCUUUCUUCACACCUUCCUCGUGGUUGUACUGUCAUGAAUCCCCAAUCAUAGUGUGUCGGAUUGUCUUUAUAACAUAUUGGGAGCGUGGACCUAAAAUAAACCAGCUAGUACCUCAUUUUAUACUCAUUUAAGGGUUUGAAAUUAACAAUAACAUCUAGGCAAAUGCUGGUAAAAGCUGUAAUGUUACUGACCGACUUUCAAAACAUCUUGACUGGUUAAAGAUUAAAUAUCACUUCCAGCUGCAGCAACUAAAACAUUAAUUCCAAGCCCUUUUCUUGGUAUGUAAAGCACAAUUUCCCAUGAGGUGUCUUCACACUGACCUGUCCACCUACCUAGCCCCCGCUUUAGGCUGGUGCAUGUCAGCCCCUAGUUAAAAAUGACAUUCAGAUGUAGAUUUAAAUAUUUAUAUGAAAAACAUCGAUGCUCUACUGCUGUUUCAAUUGUUCUGGAUUUUUACACACCACAAACACAUGAAUAUUUCAGAUGCUCUUUAAGCAAUAUGAAAUACAUGAUGUAUGCUUUUGUUUGUUUUGUUUUUGUUUGAAAUAUUAAAAGAUAUCCAACCUUGAUGCUUUUCAGCUACAUGGAAGUUGAGUCUACUGAAGAUAGGAACAGGUUUUCUUUCUAAUCUCACGAGUUUAGCAUAUGGCUCAUCAGCUGCAAUAUUUGCCUUUUCUGUAAUUAUUUCUUCUGAACUUCAUCUCUAGUGCUCACCUUAUGAUUUGAAGUAUUUAUACUCACACACACACACACACACACACACACACACACACACACACACACACACACACACACACACACACACACACACACGCACACGCACACUUGGCUCAAUCUGCACUUGGCCCUGUUCCACCAACCGCCCCUGCAUCUCUUGCUUGAUAUAGUUUUGCCCUUGUGAUAAGGCAAACACUUUUCUUGCAAAGGCCAUAGCCUACAAUAUUUUUUUUUAUUUCUCUAAAAAGGACACAUCGCUUGCAUGCAUGAACCAACCCCUAUGUGUCCCAUUGCUGAGUAAGUUUAAUACAGUAAGAAAUACAGGGUAUUUUCUAGGCAUGCAAAAUUAUGAGAUUUCUAUUAUAUAUGAUCAGAUAAUGUUUUAAUAAUAAAUUAUCAUUUGUUGAAAGAAAAAUUCCUGAUUUAAAAUCUCCCGCUCCCAAAUUUAAUAUUAAAUUGUUUUCUUUUUCUUCUUAUAGAUGCUUGUCUAAUCAAUGUAUUUAUUUUUCACUGUGACAGUUCAGCAUCUUAUAAUGUAUUCCAUUUGCUACACUAUACUUUUGUCAUUAGCGAGAGAUCAUCUUUCAUUGCUGGAAUGUCAUCUGUUGUCUAUGUGUUCUUAUGGGAAUAAACAUAAUAUGGCCGAAAGAACAACAUGUUCCUGUUAGAUAAUGUGUUCAUGCAUGAGCAAAUGUAUGAGAGUGUGUAAUAAUUUGUUCACCUAGCUUUGCAACUGGAGGAUCAGAAAGUACCUUGAUUUACCACGUGUGACGUUGCUAUCAGCUGUAGUGUGACAAAAUGAAUGGCCAUUUCUUAAAUAGAACUGUGUCUUUUACAUGAGCUACCUAAAAACUGGAUUAGUUGUGUAUCAAAUCAUAAAAAAAGACCUUUCAUUAUCAGCACAGAACAAUCUUGUCUUGUACUGAAGCUUGAGGCAAAACCUGCUUCAUGCAUGCUAGUGGAGCAGAUAUGAGGGAUAACAUCAAUAACUUUUUACGCCCCCUUUCCUUGCUUAAAUUUGAAUUAAUUAUAUAAAAUUAUACAGUGAAUGCCUUUCAGAAGCAACCCAAACCCUUCCUGUGCUAAACCCUGAAAUCUAACAAUAGUUGCCCAAGCCUGUGAAGGAAAAAUAACCGAUGGUUUCUCAUGGAUUAACAUGAUUGCGGAUGCUGGAGUCCUCAGGAACUUCUACCAGCAUCCCUGAGUCAGCGUUGUGUGUUGCGAGACUACAAUUACACAGACACAUGCACACACGCAUACACACACAGGAAGACACAAUCACAGAAAACAGCCGGCAGACUGAUUAAGAAGGCCACAGCUUCAGAGAAAACACGGCAGAAGUCACAAUGGUAAUAGCAUUUUUUCAAGGGUACAAGCAGUCAUAAAAUGAGACAUGAUGUUUCAUUUGAUGGCUAGUGUGUCAUAGAAAAUCACUGAAUCACAGCAAUGUGCUGUCAAGGCUAUUCUUGUCCGAGCUAUUACAUUUGGGACAGCUGACAGUCCCUGAUUCAAAUCUGAAUAAUGUACGAUGAUGAAUAUAAGGCGCCAUUGAUUUGUGCAUUGAAAUAGGUACCCAAGGCAGGUGCAUGUGGGUGAGCAUGGGUGUGUGUGAGAAAUAAAGAGAUAAGGAAGAUAUAAUCACGCAUCACAAUCACAAGCCAAGAAACACACAAUAACACCCACAAACACACAACAAGACGCACAGUUAUUCAUUUAAGCUUUUGCCAAGUUAGAUGUGCCCUUUUAACAAUAAGUAACUUAUGAAAGGAUACGAACAAAGGCAGAUAAUAUUGCUUAAGCUAAUGAAUGGCCCCCUAAAACAGUAUAGCUAUACUUCUUUCUUUUAUCAUGGCAAGCUAAUUCUUCCCUUCUCCUUUAAAUAAUGAAUGCAUGUGACGAAGAAGGAAGCACAUAGGCCAUUAACAACUGUGUAGUCCGAAUAAAACAUCCUGCACAAGAAAGAGAAUUAUAGACACAGUAAGAAAGAAAAAAAAGCAAGUGGGAGGAAUUUGACUCUGGUGCAACACAAUAGUGCAAGCUCUUUCCGUAUACUUGCUCCAUCCUCGGACUCCCCUUAUUCUGCUCAAACGACUCCCACACAGAUAGAACACACAUACAGAAGUGCAAUAGGGAGUAUUUUUCACAGUAUUUUCCACAUUUGUCGAUGGGUUGCCAUGUGAUGAAAAGGCAACCUACCUGACCCCAUUGUCCACUAUUUGGCAACUCUGACUCCCUGCUGCAAUUAUGUCUUAUUAAGCAUUCAAAUAUGCUCUAAUGUAAUGGUUCCCGUGUCUUCAUCCUAUUAGAGUUCCCACUGGUAAAAAAGAGGCUUUAUGCAUGUCAUUUGUUUCUCUUCUCUAUUCGAAGCUUGUAAUAUAACACUCCUUGUGCACAUGUUCUGGUGACUAGGUUGAGACCUCUUUUGCACGCUCAUCUUCAUGUGUGUUUCGUGUCCGUGCAAAGCUGCUGUCAAGCAGAUGUGGUUUCAUUUAUACUGCACUUCAGGGUCAGUCGAUCUGGUCUUCCAUGCUUGCGCUUUUCCCAAUCCACACUGACUUCUAGUAAGUUGUUUUCCAGGAGUUUAUUGCCAGUUGUAUUUCUUAAAUGUUGGUAACGGCCAGAUUCCCUUGGCGGAUAUUGUCAAACAACCUCUCUCAAAAAAAAAGUAUUAAUUUAGUUACCUUCUUCUUUUUCUUGGCAAACCUACGGUGGCCGACAGGUGCACACGCUUUACGGUCCCAGCCGUUUGCAUCACUUUUAGUGUCCCGAGGUUUCUGUUGUGUUUUGAGCUUUGUACUUGCAGUGUUUCGUUUAGUCAGCACUUUUAGUAAACCCUGCGCAUGUGUUUUCAAAGUGGUGAAGAUGUUUCUUCAUCUGCAUGUGUUUUAGCAAAUUAGUUUUUUAAUAUUUACAUUUAAAAGUGCUGCGCGUUUCUCCUAAUGAAAGUGUUUUACAUGUUUGCACUUCUCGGCCAUCGUACGAACCAGCUAGAGGUGCAUAAACUGGACUAGAGUAUGGAACAAAACUGAUGACACUAUGUGACGUGCUUCCUUUCAAAUGCAUACCGUCACAAAUGUUGAGCUUCUCUUGGAUGGACCCUCGCCAACAUGAGGAUUUUGAAUGUAGUCUGCAAAAAAGUUACAAGACUCCAGGAUCCAGCCGUGAACAGGAUACACAACCUUAUGUAAUACAGCUUCGCACAGAGCAAGUGAACCAAUCACAAGAAGGUGACGUUCUUCAGUCUGCUGUUUGUUCAUGGUGAAAAUCAGUUUGGAGCGGUUCAUUCAGGGGAAAAAAUGUAUUAAGAAAUAUCGGAAAUCCGAGUGAAACACAACAUAGGAUCUGAUUUUUCCCAGGGCAGAAACAUGACACGCUUCCAUACAGCACAACAUACAGCCUCAGCACACAUUGCUAACACAUUUCACAGAUCCUGGCUAGAAGUAUGAGAAGAGAAAACCAGCACUGGCAAGUCUGUUGGGUUCUGUAUAAAAGAAGCGUAAUAAAGGAUGUCUUUCCAGAGUUCUGAAGGCAGCAGGCAGACAGAUGCACAAACACAGAAAGAGAAACCUUUGCCUUUUCCCAGCCAGAGGUCUGUCCUUUGAUGUGUUAGGACGAUGGCAGCCUUUGAUGAAGAUUUCUAUGGCCACAGAGUGUCUGUGGCUUCGAAUUAAGCUUGCUAAGCUUCUGCUGAGAAGCAAAGGCAGGCAUCAUUUAGAGCAUAGGAAUAUUGUCACAUCGCCGCCCUCUGUUCUGUCAUUUCUGCUUGUUUUCUUGAUUUUCCGGUCAUUAACCUCUCCUGUCAUUUCAGAUACCUGACAUUCUCCACAGACCCUGUAGUUCCCUCAGAGUGUUCUUGCUAUUACCUGCCACCUGAUUAAAUAACUCACCAGAUCAGCUGUCCCCAAUUGCCUGAUUAGCUUCCCUGCAUAUAAACCAGCCUUCUUACUCCAGCAAUUUGCCAGAUUGAAUAACUUGCUGUGAAGUUUUCAGGCUAAAUUCAGCCUGCAGGCAAAAGUGGCCAAAUCAGAUUUGUUUUGCAUAUAUGUGACUCAGAUCUGACUUUUUCUCUGAACAUCACAGAUACCAUGAGCACCAACCACAGUAUGCUUGCCCUGACACUUUAUAUGGAUGAGCUUUUCCCAGCUCAAUCUGACAGCCACAAAGCGAGGAUGAAGUGGGUGCAUGACACGAUUCGUCAGAGCCAACAACACCGUUAAAUACAUCGUCUUGCCAAAGAGCUAGUAUUAAAAGGAGCAGGCCCAAUUAUGCAUUCACACACUGGGGUGACAAUUUUGUAUUAAAUGUGCCUGCUAAUGUUAUUCUUCUGGAGGCAGAAAGAGGUGAGAGUGAAUAAAUGAAAAUAAUGAAACAAACACUAAAUUCUAGACAGCGUGUUAUGUUACAUGUUUGUUAUUCUCCACGCAUGUAGCUCAGAUCAAGACCAUGAGCAGUUAAUACCGGAAUCUGAUAUUGGCCACAUUUAAAAAUAAUAGUCUUACCAGCCAAACUAAAAAUCCAGAUCAGAGCAUUAAAUCCAAAAUGAAGACUGAGGCGUACAAUGGGAAUGUAGCUUAGCGUUCUAGCCUUCAUACCUAACCAUAGCGUGUUUCCAGUUCUGCUCUUCUGCUUCUUGCUUGCUUUGUUAAUCUUUGAUUAAGUACCUGUUGCCAAACUCUGCCUUGAUCUUCUUACCAAGUAAAAGACUGCUUGCUUUCAACCA